UUACGUAAUGCUACCCCAAGGUCACGGGAUCAUCCCUCGCCGGGCGACCGCCAAACCUCCCGAUGUCCAGGCAUGGCAACGCGGCUCCUGUCGCCUCCAACGCCUAAUUCUCUCGAGGCUUCUCAUUCACUUUCGUUUCGUCGGGCUGGUCCUGACAUUCUUCCCAUUUCCCAUCCAUUCCUUCAAUUCCUCUAUUCCCCGCGAGAUAUGGACCUCCGUGGAACCCCAGCCUCAAAGCCCGCCGCUGGUAUCUCGAACUCCGCUGUUUGAUAUCUAUAUCCCACCCCACCCCACCCCACAACCACACUCACAUUCACAUUCAGAUAUUCCGCACCUUAACCGCCUUCCUACUCCCUAACAAUUCCCUUACAUUCCACCUACUGGAUAUAUCACGGUAUAGCUAGACGGCCAUUGUUGCCUUCCGCACAAGGCCCACCGCUUCAACACCUUUCUCAACCCCAAAAUACCCUAACUUACGCAAUUAUCGAUAUCAACUAUGUCUCUCCUCCAAAAUGAAGACUUUACCAUCUGGCAGCUCCGCACCUCUUAUCUCUCUGCAAUUAAAGACGGCGUCGGUGACCGGCUAAUAAACGUAAACUCCUCCAUUCUCAACACCCCAGGCUUCCGUGCUGCAGGCUGGUCAUCAGCCACUGGUGCCAAUGCUUCCCAGAUUAAACGCACCUACUCCCCUCCCAUCCCCACCGCCACGGCUGUCGCGUCAGAGUAUUUCCAGGCCAGUGCGCGGCAGAGCAGGAACUUCGGCGAUGUAAAUGGUGGUAGUGAUGGACCCAAUGAUACUGCUGCGCCUGUGGGGCUUGGGUUUGGUAUUGUCGAAGAUGGUGACGAUGAAGAGGGUGUGAUGGUGACGGGCGGGAGGGAGAGUGUCAACACUAUUAGACAGCGACAGCAGAAGAGGGCUGUGGGGAGGAAGGCGCGGAGAAGAGAGAGGUUGGAUAUGCAUAAAUCGCAGCAGCAGCACCGCCAGGGUGAGGCUGAGGAUGAUGAUAGUAGUGAUCUCAGCGAUGAGAGUGAUGAGGAGAUUGACGGGGUUCACAGUUCUGUACAGCAAAUCAAGUUUACAAAAAUGCCGGUCCGACGAACCCGUGCUGGUUCAUCUCCGAUACGGAGCCUGGAUCGUCGUGAUAAUCCUGACGUUUUUGUAACAUCGCCUUCAUUAAGAUCCGUCAACAAACAGCACCGGAGGGGCUCCCUUGGUGCGGUUGAAGCAGUAAAAGCUCGAGCUCGCAGAAACACGGCUACUAGUAGUGAUAUGUCAUCAGAUAACGAGGCAGAUGGGGCCACUGCGAGGAGACGCCAGAUUCAUUUUUCUAACAAUGAGGACGUGAUCAAUCCAAAUGGCAAACCACCGAGCGAAAAGCUGGAUGAAGAAGAUGAGUUGGAGAUAGGAAGCAUUGAUGACGCCAUCAACGAGCAUGACGAAGAUUCAAUUGCCGAGUCCGAAGGAUCUGUCCUCUCAUCUGAGUUCGGAGGCACUGCUGGUUCGGGAUCGUUGUUGGAUCGCGUUGGAUCGUUAGAUUCAUCUUCUCCGAUGAUCCUCAAUAAAUUACCCAUGACUCUUGAAUCGCAGGGUACUUCGCCAAGGAAACAGAAACAAACAGCUACCUCAGCCGAGUUAAACGUGCUCCCACCGCCUCGGCCCAUUAGCACUGUUGAGCCCAUCAGCCUUUUGUCUACUGCACUCCGAGCGCGAAAGAAAGCGCCCGCCAACCCUUUGGAGAAAUAUGCGGGGUUAUCGGGCAGAGGGUCCAAUGCAACUCCAUUAUACAUCAAAUUCUUUAUUCCGUCCUCCUCUCAGCCGGACGAAGCCUUAGAUAUGCCAAUUGUGCGAGAAUCAAAGGAGUUAGAUCAUCCCGGGCCCGUUACCGUUGCUGAAGCGAUCGGGCUCGGUUUAUGGAGAUAUAUGGAAGAAGGCCUAAAGCCGCCCCUCGAGGGAGAUAUGCUCAAUGUAAAUCGGUGGAAUCUUCGGAUGAUGGAAGAUGGCGAAAUUGACUAUGAUUUCCCAUGUUUGGCUAGGGGCAGACCAAUCAUCGACUUUACCUCUAAUAACAAUCGCGCCCCUGCGGCCCGGGGCCGGUCGAGGAGCAAACCCUAUGAUGAAUUUGCGCUUGUGAAAGCGACACCAACUGAAUUCGCAGAGAAUGAGAAGCAGUAUCCCACCCCGAGAGCCGAUGCUGUCGAUGAGCCUGAAGUAACCCAGUCAAUAAUACAAGCCAACCAAGCCAAUGCUAAAAACAGGAUGUUCGGAAGGAUCAAUCCCAUCCUAGGUCAGCCAUUUUCAUCUGCUUUGAAUGAUAGCACUCUCACCCCCGCUGACCGCCCCGCCGUACCUACAUCACACGCGACACCUAGAAUGGGCGUUACAAAGACUUUGAAAAUCCGAUAUAUUGACCUGGACGCAACGCAAACAACCUCAAUGAACACAUCUACAGACAGUUACAUCGCCGAAAUUUUAGAUUCCGUCUGCAAAAAAUGGGGCCUGGACAAGGGCCAAUACCUCCUUAAAGUCAUGGGCUCCAACACUGUCGCUCCACUAGACCGCACCGUCGAAGCCCUCGGCAGCAUUACAGACCUAGACCUCGUCCGCCGCCGAUUCGGUGCUGGUCCGCUCUCCAGUACGGGAUCCCCAGGCAGCUCCUCACCCAACGCGCCGCUAAUGGUCGAAAACACAUCCCACGGCACCAGCUCCAAGAAGGGCAAAAAGGGAGCCAGCAACAACACUGGAAGUGGGCGCAUGCUGCACCCCCUCGCGCACUCCCAAGAUCUCCUAGGCGGCUACUACCGACGCUACAACGUAAUCCGCAAACAAUCCAUGUCCUUCACUGCGUCGAACCAACGUGUGCUCGCGUUCGACAUGGACUACAUGCACAUCAUGCCAGCGGAGUCGGGCAAGACGCUCUUCGAAUCGAACAGCAAGACGACGUCGAUAUCGUUCAAUGACGUUGUGGGUUCGAAGAUUAGCCGGCGGCAUCCGAAGAGUUUCCGGGUAGUGGUGUUGAGGGGAAAUGCGGCGAGCGAGCAGAAGCGGUAUGACUUUGAGGCGAAGACUGCGGUGGAGGCGGUGGAGAUUGUGGAGGAGAUUAAGAAGAAUAUGUCGCAGUCUCGCGUGUGAUUGCGAUUGUGGAUUUCUGGAUUUCUUGUACCUUUUUCCUUGGUUUUUUUUUU